AUGUCCAAUCCUCCCUCCGAACCGGACAAUCUCGACCCUUGGCUCUUGUUCAGCCCCGCAGGUGUGGUCGACCGAACCGAGUGUGACUUGCGUGCCGCUGAUGAGCAAGCCCAGUUUUUCCUUCGUUCUCUUCAGGGCUCUUUCCAAGGGGGUGAGUCGGGAGCCCUUGAAGAUACUGAGUCUUUGGAGAGUCGCACCUGGGUCGACUGCAAUAGGCCUUUUCAGGGUUUGCCCGGGGUUCCAGGGGACGAUGAGGGUUGGGUCGACCCAGGAUGGGUUCAGGGCAGAGAGCCUGUAUUCGGCCCACGCAUACCGCCUUCGUCGUGUGCACCUACCUCAAUUUCUGAAGCUGCUUGGUAUGACGCCUGUCGUGACUUGGAGACAGACGAUUUCUUGAUUGAAUCCGAUGACGCUUCGCUUCUGGUCCCUCUUCCAGAUGACCGAAUCUUGGGUGAUUUCCAGCGUGCAGCUGUAGAGGCUACUUCGCAACAGCGUUUUGAGAGCAGGCCGAGAUUUUCAUGGGAAACAUCUUCGUCUUUGCGUUUUUCCUGGGAGAGAGGAACGAGUCCUUUGCAAGUGAUUGGUGCAAUUGAUUUUCUUGAUCCAGAGGAAUCCGAUGACGAAACAAAACGAAGGUGUGUGCCACCCACGACGGUCAAGUUCCUGAAACGCAUCACAGUGGAGCGGUCGGAGGAAGACAUCCGAACGGCUGCUCUUAAAAAGAUGAGGCUGGUCAUCUUGUGGGAUCCAGAGGUGAGUAGCUUGGGAAGGUCCUUGCUGUCGUUGCUCGGUGCAGAUGUAAACGAGGAGGCCAUCAAGAAGUCUUUUUCGGAUGCCUUCAGAACUAAAGCUUCCAGGACAAUCUCAAAGCGAGGUGGGUCCCUCCUGAGGUAUUUUUCCUGGUGCACAACAGAGAGCAUAGACAGCCCUCUUGCAGUCGAUGAGCCGACCAUAUACAUGUAUGCAAAUUUCUUGCGUGAUUCAGGAGCCAGACCGACUAGUAUGACGCAUUUUGUGGAAGGCCUUCGCUUUGUGCACGGGGUCGCCAAGUUGCUGCACAUGGAGCCUGAAACAGUCCUUUCCAGCCGGGUGCUUGGCAUAAGCCGGGACCUAUAUUUGAUGAAGCGUCCUCUGCAACAGAAACCUGAACUGACGGUUCCCAUGUUGAUGGCAUUGGAAGCAUUCUGCGUGGAAACUGGACCAGUACUUGCGUGCAUUUGUGGACAGCUGCUGUUUUGUGCGCAUUCGGCUGACAGAUGGAGCGAUUCUCAGAACCUCAAGGAGAUUUCAAUUCAGGAGUCCGACGGCGUGAUCUUAGUUGUUGCAUCAGGCUUGACAUCCAAGACGACUGUCUCUAAGGAGGCAAAAACCCGGCUGCUUCCCUACGCAGCCCUUGGCUGCGGGUUGUCUGGCAACAAUUGGGCGAAAGCUUGGCUGGAGGCUCGUGAACAUGAAGGCCUCUCUCUUGAGAACUUUGCGCUGCCGUCACGCCUCGAGAGCCAAAACCGCUGGAGCACUGUUCAGAUGGGAAGCGUCGAGGCGACCAGCUACCUGCAGGACUUUCUGAUUUUGAAGGGAAUCGAUCAAGACCAAGCCAUGCAGAGGGCGACGCAUUCGUUGAAGGCCACUUUGACAUCUUGGGCGGGCCGCUGCCCUCGCCCAAAAUUCAGUGGAGCGGAAAAGCGCCUUCUUGGACACCACAUUGCUCCGAAGGAGAAAUCACCGGCCACUUAUGCCCGGCAGCAGUACACCCUUUUGUACGGGCGAGUCAUGGCGAUGUUCGAAGCCAUCCGCGCGGGAGACUAUGACCCUGACUUGUCUGACGUUGAUCGGGUGGUGCAAGUGGCUGCAGCGGAGCGACCAGGUGCCGCCCAGGACGUCAUUGCUCCGGAACCCGAGGCGCCUGUGCCACGACACGAUUUUGACGAGUUCGAGGACCCCCCUUCUUCACAGAGCUCUGAAGCUUCUGAGGCUCCAGGCCGCGGUGGAGGAGGCUUAGUGAGGGCCCCUUUUGGGCCGAAUGUUUCUGAAGAUUCUCUUGUAGUGCACACAGUGUCCGGCAUAACGCAUUGUUUGAAGGAUCAAGCCAACUUGUGGUGUGGCCGACCUCUCUCGAGGAAUCAUAUUCCUUUCCGUGAAGCGGGGGUCUAUUUUGAGGACCCUGACCCCUGUAAACAAUGCCGGCACAUUUUGGAGGCUGCAGAGUGA